GACUGUACAGUUAAGAUUAUGACGUCAUUACGUGCUUGAGCCUGCCCGAAAAUGUUCUCCCGUGUUGUGGGAUCUCGAAGAAGCGCAGGACUUUACGAUGAAAUAAUACAUUUGCAUCCAUGAAGAACCGAAAAACAAACCGCGUGUUUGCAAUCUGAAGGCACUCGCCGUCCUACCGAGUCGCGAAAAGGUCUCUUUCGGGAGAGCCGAAGGGGAAGUUUGCGGGAUCGUUUUUCACGGAGUGAUGUCGAAUCCUGGGACUCGGAGGAACGGGUCCAGCAUCAAAAUCCGACUGACAGUAUUAUGUGCCAAGAACCUCGCAAAGAAAGACUUCUUUCGCCUGCCCGACCCUUUUGCCAAGGUUGUGGUGGACGGAUCAGGUCAAUGCCACUCGACAGACACAGUCAAGAGCACACUGGACCCCAAAUGGAAUCAGCACUAUGACCUCUACAUCGGCAAGGCAGACUCAAUUACUAUCAGUAUAUGGAAUCACAAGAAGAUCCAUAAACGACAGGGGGCAGGUUUCUUGGGGUGCAUUAGGCUUCUUUCAAAUGCCAUCAGCAGACUAAAAGACACAGGAUACCAGCGACUAGAUCUAUGUAAACUGAACCCCUCGGACAGUGACGCAGUGCGGGGGCAGAUUGUAGUGAGCCUGCAGACACGAGACCGCAUAGGCAGCGGAGGCCCAGUGGUGGACUGUAGAGGUCUGUUGGAAAAUGACGGGCCUGUGUUGGAAGGAUGUUUUAGUGAAGAACCGCUGCCUUACUCCGACCCCACCGGUGCCGCGGGUGGCGGGAACUGCCGUCUCGAUUCACCCAGUCAAGAGAGUCGCCUUCAAACCCAGCGAAUCCGAGGGCAGGAUUCCAGAGGUCACGGCCACACCCCUCAGAACAGACCUCACGGGCACCAACCCCCGGACCUCCCCGAAGGAUAUGAGCAACGAACAACGGUUCAGGGCCAAGUGUACUUUCUACACACACAGACGGGUGUCAGCACCUGGCACGACCCUCGGAUACCACGGGACCUGGCCAGCGUAAGCUGCGAGGAGCUCGGUCCGCUGCCAGUGGGCUGGGAGGUCCGAAGCACAGUGUCGGGGCGGAUAUACUUUGUGGACCACAACAACAGAACCACACAGUUCACAGACCCGCGUCUACACACCAUCAUCAGCCAGCAAUCCCAAGUGAAGGAAUCCUCCCAACCACCCCAAAUGGAUGUAGGGGUUGAAGAGGGCGGAGGCGGAGGAAUGGGCGGCAGUGUCGGUGGAGACGGGGACGUGGCGGCGCGCUACGAGAGGGAUCUGGUCCACAAACUGAAGCUGCUCCGCCACGAGCUCUCCCUGCAGCAGCCCCAAGCGGGACACUGCCGCAUCGAGGUGUCUCGUGAGGAGAUCUUUGAGGAGUCGUACCGGCAAAUAAUGAAGAUGAGGCCAAAAGACCUGAAGAAGCGCCUGAUGGUGAAGUUCCGAGGAGAGGAGGGCCUGGACUAUGGCGGUGUUGCCAGGGAGUGGCUGUACCUGCUGUGUCACGAAAUGCUCAACCCCUAUUACGGCCUGUUCCAGUACUCCACAGACAAUAUCUACACGCUACAAAUCAACCCAGACUCCUCCAUUAACCCUGAUCACCUAUCAUAUUUCCACUUUGUGGGCCGUGUAAUGGGGCUGGCAGUUUUUCACGGUCACUACAUCAACGGGAGCUUCACGCUGCCCUUCUACAAACAGCUGCUGGGCAAACCCAUUCAUCUCAAUGACCUGGAGACCACCGACCCGGAGCUGCACAAGAGUCUCGUUUGGAUAUUAGAGAACGACAUCACCUCAGUCCUGGACCACACAUUCUGCGUGGAGCACAACGCCUUCGGGAAGUUCCUCCAGCAUGAACUCAAACCCAAUGGUCGUAACAUCCCUGUGACCGAGGAGAACAAGAAGGAAUACGUGAGACUUUAUGUGAACUGGAGGUUUAUGCGCGGGAUUGAAGCCCAGUUUCUGGCUCUCCAGAAGGGAUUCAGUGAGCUGAUACCCCAGCAUCUCCUCAAGCCUUUCGACCACAAGGAGCUGGAGUUGAUCAUCGGCGGAUUGGGAAAGAUCGACCUGGUGGACUGGAAGACCAACACGCGCCUGAAGCACUGCACAAGCGAGAGCAAUGUGGUGCGGUGGUUCUGGCAGGCGGUGGAGGCCUUCAGCGAGGAGAGGAGAGGACGCCUGCUGCAGUUUGUCACGGGCUCCACCCGGGUGCCGUUACAGGGCUUCAAAGCACUGCAGGGCUCUACAGGUUCUGCAGGACCAAGACUUUUCACCAUUCAUUUGAUAGACGCCAACACCGACAACCUGCCCAAGGCGCACACAUGUUUUAACAGAAUAGACAUCCCCCCCUACGAGUCUUACGAGAAACUCUAUGAGAAACUGCUGACGGCCGUGGAGGAGACGUGCGGCUUUGCUGUGGAGUGAAAAGAUCCAACAAAAAAAAAACCCAACAGAACACACACAGUCCACACUUGUGCUUGCACUUGCAUUCAACUCUUGACUUUUUUUUUGGAGACGUACACACACUCAUGCACAGAACGUGGAGUAUGGAAGGCGGCCCGUCGCCGCACCGACUGACCCUUGGGAGUUACAACGAGGAAGCACAGCGAGGAAGUCAAAUAAGAAGCGAAGAAAAAAAAAAAGUAUUUUAAAAAAAUUUUUUCAAAUGUUUUGAAGAAGCAUUUUUAUCGUUUGGUUUUAACAAGCUAUGAUGUCAACUCCUCAGAAUGUCUCGAGCCACAGCGAACUAGUCGGCAAUCUUUACUGUACGGGCCCGCAAAACAGACACGGUGCAAUGAUAUGUCUGAGUGGAGAACAAGGCAAGUGGGGGGCUGACUGAUUGACUUGUGUGUGUACUCCUGCGUUCACUUUUAACCACUGUCCGCGUUCCGAAUGUGUCUACGUACGUGCGCAUGUGAGAGCGGGUGAAAGCGUGGCAUGGUUACGCUGUUUAAAAAAAACAAACAACAACAAAAAAAACGAACAAAUGAGCCUGCUCCUCUUUUUGAUUGCUUUUUGUCUCUGCCGUUUUUGUUUUUUUUUGUACCUGCGACCACUCUGAUCCAUGUUUUAUUAUUAUUAUUUAUUACUAAGUGAUUACUGACCAAGCUGCUAUAUGCUCUGCAAAGAGCCCACACUAAUCUGUUCAACCCCCCUCCCCAACAGUUAAUAGGUCAAUUCACUUCCAAUUCAAGUAAUCCACAAAGUGGUUUUUGAUUCAUUUCUUGACUUUUUUUUUUUUUUUUUUUUUU